AUACCUUUUGGCGGAUGGAUAUGGAACCUCAUACCCUGAAAGAAAACCUCGAAGGGGAUUACCCUAUUUUUAUUAGGGAAUCCCACGGAUGGUGAGAUGGGAAGUUCAGAAUCCCAUGAUUCUGGAAAUUUUGCUAUAAAAGUAGGGGACGAAAUCCAUGAGACCAUUGUCAAGAUCUUGCACAUUGUUUUCAGGGUGAAAUGGAACUCCAUACACAGGUAAUGUCUGCGCUGCUCGGGAUAGUAGCAGUCAAUGAACUUCUGAAGAGACUUGGAAUGCCUCACCUACGCAUCAGCACAAGUGCAACGCAGCCUUCUUCGAGUGAAUCAUCUGACCCUUUGGCUGACACCAAUGAAGUGUCAACCCUACGUAGAACAGACGACAGCACAUCAGCAUCCAAUGAUUACAAUGAUGGGUUGGAAGAAAGGGCAGGAAUCGAAGAGGAGGGAGGGGGUGACACGUCUGAAGUUCAGGAAUUCCCACAUGGUGCCAUGUCACAUGGGGUUCAACUAUGUAAAGAAGAGACAACAGUUGACGUUAGGCAAUGCCACAACGUCCAGGUUGGAUCUGGGACAAAUAUCAUUAACAAUUACAUUCAAGGUUUUAAGUUUCAUAUUGGACAUGUGUAUGCAGCAAAUUACUUCUUUGCAUACCUGAAGAUUGUCAUUCAACAAAAUCAACGGCAUGUAGGAUUGGAGGACAAAAUUGAAAUGUACAUGAAUGAAAAGAAAUUGACAGAAAACAAUAUCAAAAUGGCAAAAAAACUUUAUAUAUUUGUACCUGAAUGUGGAAACUGUCCAAAGUUAAUGAGCGACAAGGACCCGAACAUGAAGGAAACAGGAUGCAUCGAAUUACAAGCAAAUCGUGCAGGUUCUUCGAGGCCAUACAAAAACACAGCGUGGUCAUUUGAGAAGGGGCACCAGGUGUAUCAUGUGUUGGCGGAAUAUGCGUCCAUCCUCCAAACGUUGACAGAGCUGCCAGGAUUGGAUGACGAAGAUAGGAAAAGUACUACAAAGAACUUCAGUGAAUCUCUCAAAAUUUUCAUCAGCAACACAUUUGAGGAUGACGGUUUUGUUGUUGAGCUAUUGGACAUUAAUGAUGCAUCGCCCAUGAUAUCUGAUAUCCUUGAAGAGAAAAUAGAAAAUGACCUUUAACACUUUAGUUAAGGAAUACUGAAAGGCGUGACCUUGCAAUAGGUCUUUGGCUUUCCUCAUUUUCUUUUAUAAUAUAUAGUAUUUCCAACAUUUCCCAUGCAAUAUAACAAUCAAGAGUCAAGCUUAUAAGCCAGAGCCAAUAUGUUGGCAAUUUACCGGCACAUUAUGCUAGCAUAUUUUGACGUGCUUAAGCUGUACAAAGUAUCAUUAAAAACUUGUUGCUAAACUGUAAAUAUGUUUUCAAACAUUAUAACUGUAACAGUUUAUUGGAUGUUAUCUACAUUACUCUGUAAUAUAAGCAAAGAAAUUACUUAUAAUUCACCAUUUGAAGGAAGUGUUUAGAAAAAUGUAAAUUUUAAAAGCAGCAGAUUUGUCACUUAUAGCUUGAGUUAUCUUUCCACACCUUACAUGCCUUAAGUAUUAUCCAUCAAAUAUAACAUCAAAGGCAAUAGAUACUUAUUUGAUGAAUGAUGAAUAUUUCUGGGUAAAUCUAUCUAUAUACAUACUUGUAUAUUAUACGUAUAUUAUUCCAUUCAGUUAUCUAAGCUAAACUGCAUAAUAUGUGAAAUAUCAUAUUACGUAAGACUUAGCUUGUAACUUGCGUAAUUUGUAAGUCGAAUAAGGUAUA